CGCAUCCUACUUCUCUAUGUCAUCUUUCUAACGCGUUUUAGUGUGCCCGGUGUCGACGGGAUAAUAUCCGGUGUGAAGCAAAAGGGAUUGGCGUGCCCGUCCAUGAUCCGCAGUGUUACAAAAAGUAUACUGCUCCCAGUCUCAGUUGCAAGUACUGUGCCGCCAUCCAGGCGAGCCCAUGUGGUGCAUGGAUGCGUUGCUGGGGAAUCUCCAACCCGGGGGUGGCAGCGGAGAAUGUGAUGAAAACCGGCUUGAAGGAUGAAAAAGUCAGGAUGAGAAUCAAGUCCGUACAGGAGGCACAAUUGAAGCUAUUCACAAACCAUCAGGGGGUGCAGGUAGAAAAAAUUUCGCAGGUGAAUAAAGCGCCGCGUGCAAAACGAAGCGAACAGGCACUGGAUCAAGACAAGGCGAAGUGGGAGGAAGAAAGGGCUUUGGUUCGUGAUAGUGCCGUUAUACGUUCAUCUGCGCUGUUCGGAGGUCAUGUAUUGGAAGCUGGGCAUUCACAAGAACUGCAGUCAGAGCCGAGCACAUCUACAUCUGGGAAAGAAAAAAUUCUGGAUGAAAACAGGGUCUGGACACAGCGGAUAGUAGAUUGGAGCAGCGCCGAUGUCCAAACGCAAGAUAUCCCCACCGAUCUCACUUCAAAUGUGACCCUGCCGGGCAUAGAUCGAGCUGUGUGCAUUGACGAAGGAUUCAAUUCAUUCUCCCCCACGUCGCACCCAUCGAGCCAAGACUUUAGGUCAGAUCUAGUAUUGACCUACCCAUCUCCCUCGGAACUUGUUUGCAACGCCGAGGACAGCUCUCUUUGCAGCGAUAACAUUCACCCCUCAAACAAUCCACGCGAGAAUACACAUUUGGGGAAACGAACUUCUGAAACCGCCUUCGGCGCUGAUACCAUACAUGAACGCGAUGCUAGCCUGUAUUCUCUACCCCAUCCGCUAUUGACUGCUGAGUUGUUGCAUGUGCGCACGGGCAUUCAGCAUAAGAAUAUUGGGGAGGAUUCUUCAUGGCAUUCAGUUGAGUUUGAAAGCACCGGUGGAGACCCCCUCGACGCAUUCAGCAGCCUCAAGAAAACUUUUACUGAUAUCAUCCGAGAGUCAAAAGCCGAUAAUACUGACCUGAUAACAGAGCUUGAGGUUGUCAAGAUGCAUUGCAAGAAAUUGGAGGAGUCGGAGGCUCAUUAUAAACAGGAGGACUCUCAACUGAAGGCGGAUAAACUACAAUUAGAGGAAAAUCUGAAGAAGUCGUUGCUGAAAGCUGCCGAGGCCGAUGAGAGACUGAAGUUAGUUCAUAGGAUUAUUGAAAAGACACGAAGAGACUGGCAGAUUCCAAUGACUUGAGUACCCACAUCGACCAAUGGAUUGUAUCAUCAAACCUCGCCACCCAAUAUCGAAGUGAGAGUAUUAUUAAAAAUGGAAAUAUCUGAAUAAGAAUGGGAUUUAAUGCUUAGCUACAGAAACCUUGAGUGGGAGCUGGCCGGCUUCGCCUUUGACGAAUGGUUGUAAGGAAGGUGAUAUAAACCGCUCUAUAAGGGCACCCGUGUCGUGGAACUCGAAUGAUC